AUCCAUUAUCUCACCACCCCAGCUUCUCGUCUCUCGUUUGACCUCAUUCCAUACACCCCCCCCCCUGCUGAUCGUCUCUCCUUAUCCCUUCCUACUCGCAUUCACUUGCUAUCUUUUUCAUCCACAUCCUACCUAAUCCUGUCCCUCAUAUCUUAUUCAAUGUAAUCCAUCUCCUUUCUCACCUUCCUUAGUCCCCAUGAUCGAGAAUGUCUAAUUCCUCGGAUGCGCCACUACCCCAGACCCAAUCCCUUCGCCGGUCUGCAACUCUUCCUUCCAAACUGAUUACCCGACCUCGGCGGCAAUCCGAGUCGCUGAGGCCGUCGGAGAACGAUCUCUUUUACCAUCCUUCUGCCAAAGUCGUCCAUUUUGCCCCUAGAGCGCUCGCCCCGAUCCCUUCCAGUACUGCGCCCUCCGACUUCGACUAUCCCGUUGAUACCGUUGAGACACUUCCUUGGAGAUCCCCUACCGAACGAACGGUCGCUCUUGGCCCGCUUCGCCUGGAGAAUGUUCACGGCCUCACUGUCUUUCUCAAGUGCGGCAAUGUCGUCCAUGCCAUCCUCAAGAACUCGCAAUGUUGGUGUGUCGACGGCGAGUCAACAUUUGUCUUGCGCAUUCGCCCUCUGACCUACUAUCGCAUUGAGCUCCCCGCCGACACCGACGACAAUAAGGUUUUGGUCACGGAGAUGAAAAAUGUCUUGCCAAGGGUCCUCCGUUACGAAGUGACACCAUGCCCCUUCAAGAGAGGUUUCAUCGUUGAGAUACCGGAGGAGGCCAAAGCGCCCCGGAGGAAGAGGGCCUGGCGUCCCAAGGGUCGUCGCGAAAGUGCCCCCAUCAGUUCAGUCUACUACCACGGAUUGUCCAAGUCGAAGGAGGACCUCACCAAAGACUCAGUGAGUGCCGGGGAAGACACGGAUGGCGAAGCGACGGAUGACAGCGGCUUUUCGACCAAGGCCAGUAACAGUCCCAGUAACAGUACUAUCUUGGAGACUAUCCCGGAUGAUAACGAAUCUCCGGAAGCGCCUCAGACAUCCGAACAGGUGGACCUUUCCACGCGCCCAGACCCGGAACCCGAACCAAAUUUCCAGACCUUGCUGGCAAGGUUUGAAGAUAAACCCAAAGACCAGGUUGAUCCUGAAACAACGUUCUCAUCGAGCGUUGAAUCCUUCCACUCCCUUGGACCAUCGUUAUCUACAUUACCCGAACUUGACGCCUGCUCUACGCCUACAUCGACCGAGGGUACUGAGCAAUUCCAGCCCGAACAUAGUGACACUCAUUCGCCGUCUGAAGAACAGCCCUUCCAGGAAACAGAGCGCUCGAGAGACCGACUAUCGGUAUAUGUCGACUGCUGGGAUGACUUGUCGCCCGCAUCGCACGACAUGCCUGGAGCCUUCCACGAGCGCGAAAUAAAACCGAUUCCAACCAUAGUCCCCGACAUUCAACGUCCAGUCGCAGGCCGCACCGGAACUACCGAUUCGAACCCCAAUCUCAGCAGUAUGAGCAUCGAAUUUCGCCGACGCUCUAAAGCAUCCCGUGAGCGCGAAGUAUCCCCGAUGCCACCUGCAUCGUCUUUGGCAGUCGCAAGACCCGAGAAACAUGAUGCGGCGUCACUCAUUCAUAAAACCUGCACACUUGUCCUGGUUCCCCCGAUCCAGCUGCUCGUGGUUCUCAUCCACAUUGCCGCGCGCAUUGUCAUCGGUCCAGCCUUGGAAUCCGCGAUGGGUGACCUGAACCGGAAGAUUGAGUAUGAGGUUGACCAUGCCCAGGACACUGUGGAUGACUUCGACUUGCCUCUUCCUGACCGAUCCGGGGUGUCUGCGGAUGAGAGUUCCGACUGAUACGCAUCAAACCAUUUGUCUGACCAUUUACAUUCAUUCUUCACUUUUUGUAUACCGCUGUAUUCUGCAUCUGAUGACACUUGCGAUUCCCUCUGAUGUUUUUCCUCCCCCACGAUGACGCAUUUGUAUGAUCUCUCACUGUUCCGCUGUUCCUUCCCAUAUGUUUCACUAGUCGGCAUCUGUACGGUUGUGGGUGGGCUGUCUUUGAUGUACACCUGACAAGCACCAUAAUUUGAUCUCCUGUAUUCUAGCGAAGUAGUUAAUCAUACUGAUACUAUAUCUUCA